AGAGGCUGUAUAAAAUUUGUUAAAGAGAACUCACUUAAAAGAAUUAUAUACAACACCCGUGGUGGAUCCCGGCUGGGCUUUGGUCCCGUCUCUGCGUCUGAGAAGCCCAUAUAUAAGUGAAUCCUCUUCCACUUCCCCGCCGGGAUUUAGAGGCACCCUGGAACUGGUCCCCGGAUGAGACUCGGAGGCCCACAGGAUUUCAGCAGCUCGCUUCGGCAAGUACCUCCGCGGGUCGCUUGCUUCGCUGGCCGGGUUGGCCGAGGAAAUACCCCACUCAGUAUAGGGCAAGAGGUGGCGUGGAAGGAGCAAGGGAUUUGGGGCGAUGAUCUUUUCCUUGUAUUUGAGAAAGGGUUUGGAGGCCCAGCAAGGGGACGCCAGUUGCUAGGCAACCUGCAGACGCGGGCCUGGGCUUGGUGGAGUCUACUGGGAGCUGUGCCUUUCCAGCUUGUCUCAGCUGUCUCGGGGGAGUUCUCGAUGGAAUCGCCCCGUUGAUACAUACCUUUGCCAUCCUUCCCACUCUGGACCUGCUCUUUACCUAUCUUGUUGGGUCAAUUCAGGUUGGCUGUCGUUGGCUGGUGUCACACCCCAGUCCUUGAAUCUCCGAUAGGAAGGGGGCGGAGCAUUAGUUCAGUAUACUGCAGGAUAAAUACGUGAACUUGGAUGGAUUUAGAGGUUAAAGGAGUUGCUACUUCCCCUACGAGUCAAACUCAGCCAUUCUCUGGAAGAAAGCUGCUGCAACAAGGACGGACUUCCAAAUCACAGGCAAUCCAGAAUCCUUGCCUACCUGUGGUUCCACGACUUGAUUUGGGAAGCCUUGUUGACUCUGAUGAGGAGGAGCAAGACAUAAUACCUGAAAACUUACCAGGACCAACAAGCAAAUAUAAACUAAAAUAUCAGCAACAUAAAACUGAAAUGAAAGAGGGAUAUAAACAGUACAGUCAGAGAAAUGCAGAAAAUCCAAAACCAGGUGUCACACAACAGUCUCCAAGAAACAAGGUAGAUGACAAGUGUGUACAAGGUGAAGCAGCCAUCAUCGAUGGUCUUACAACUCUGGAUAGGAAGGCCCUCUUACAGCAGGGUUAUGCAGACAUCCCGUACAAUGCACCAUGGUGUAUGAGGAAGUCUGAUGCCGAAAUUGUGGCUGCAGAGAAGAAGAAACAGACUGUUGCAGAGCAAGUGAUGAUAGACCACUUAUCUAGGGCUGUGAUCAGUGAUCCAGAACAAAACUUAACCUCCGAGAGACAAGAAAGCAUUCAUAUCGUUCCAGAUUCAAAGAUGGCACCUCUUCGAUUUAGGAAAAGAACGCUACAUGAAACUAAGAUAAGAACCCAUUCUACAUUAACUGAAAACAUGCUUUCCCACAAAGUACAGUUUGAUGGUAGGAUCAUAUCAAGAAAUGGACGUGAUGCUUGCAGAGAGCUGAUUGGGUUCUUUUUUACUCAUGACCAGUCCCUAACAAUUUAUGAAUAUCGGCAAUUUGGGAAAAAUAGAACAAAUGUGCUUCCUUUUAUUCAAAAAAACAUUUAUAGUCAUCAGUGUGGACGAAGAAAAGGAAAACAAUACCAACUUGGUGAUUUUUAUAUUGGAGCAAACUUGACAUUUUUGAGUUCUGAUCAUCCCAGACUUCCAGAAAGCAUAAAAGAAAACACAUUACUUAUACUUCGAAUCACUAAUAUUGAUCAGAUAGCUUUGGAUUCUCUCAAAACUGAUUCUGUGGAACGUGAGGAUAUAACCAGUCAAGAAGCCAAUGAUAGGCUUGUCUUAAAGGCCAUUCAAGAUGCGCUAAAGGAACAGCUACACAAAAGAGGUGUUCGCAUUUUGACUGGAUUGGGGAAAUACCUCCAACAACUGGACAAGGAAGGAACUGGACUUUUAGCUAAGGCAGAUUUUAAGCAAGCUCUAAAAGCAUUUCACUUAGAAGUGUCCGAAAACGAUUUUGAACCUGCAUGGCAAAUUCUGAAUGGCAAUGACAGUGGCAAGGUUGAUUACGGAGAAUUCAAACGUGCCAUUAUUGGUGAAAUGAAUGAGUACAGGAAAUCAUUUGUUCGAAAGGUCUUUAUGAAACUGGAUUUCAACAAAACUGGCUGUGUGCCUAUUAUAGACAUAAGAAAAUGCUAUUGUGCAAAGAAGCAUCCUCAAGUAAUUUCAGCGCAUCUAAAUCAACUGCUACUGUUUUCUAAUACUACCUCAAGAACCAUCACUUCUGGAAAGCUAAAGCCAAGAAACUCUGGAGUCUGAUAUACUUGCCGUUCUUUGGAUCCUAUUGGCAUUGGAUAAAUGAAGCAUCUAUCACUUCAUACUAUAGUUAUUAGUUGGCUUAUGUUGUAUUGUAUUGUAAACUUCUUGAGUAUAAGAACCAUAUCUUAUUUCACUUUAUGACCCUGGUAUCUAAUGGAAAGUCUCUUGAGGUGUGGUGGAUAUUAAAUCAAAAUUUGCUAAGUGAAUACAUGUGUGAUUUAAAGCAACAAUUGUUAUGGUUCUUACAUUUGAACACUUUUGCAUUAAAACACUGUAGCAUAGGGACGCCUGGGAGGCUCAGUCUGUUGAGCGUCCGACUUCAGCUCAGGUCAUGAUCUCGCAGUUCGUGGGUUCGAGCCCUCCAUCUGUGCUGACGGCUCAGAGCCUGGAGCCUGCUUCAGGUUUUGUGUCUCCCUGUCUGUGUCCCUCACUCUCUCUCUCUCUCAAAAAGCAAAUAAACAUUAAAAAAGUUAAAAAAUCAAAUGCCCCUAGUUCAUGCUUGAUAUAACACAGGUAUAAACUAGACACAGUGGGGCAUGGAAGAACUGUGUCCUAUCAGGGGAGUAAUAAUAAUUCAUCCCUCUGAAGUCAUGAUUUAUUAAGGUAUUAUUGAGAUGGCAUUUCAGGUGUUCUAUAAAAAACUGAAAUGGUUAAGAUUUUGGAGAUUUGAUUGAAUAAAUUAUAGAAAUGUAUUACUGGAUACACAUUUUAAGAUUUCUUCAACCUGUGUAAGCUAAUUUGUAUAGUUUUUGGAUUUCUAAGCAAUGCAAAGUUAUUUGUAAGGGUUUGAAUAAAAUUAUUUAUCUGGUGAUGAAUUUUAUGCAAGGAGAAAACAACCAUGGUCUCUGUUGUGUUUAAGUAUUCCUUUUAUCAAGUUAGAAUGGGAUUUCUGAGUAUGGCUGAAGUUUAGAUACAAAUGAAAAGAUUCUCACCUUUGCAACUGUAUGCUGAGUUUCCUGGGAUUUUUAGAUGAUUAGAAAGCCAAUAUGGAACAGGUGACUGCCAUUCAAGGAAAUCAUUAUGUGUCACUUAUGAAAGUUGUACACUUAUCCAGUAGUUGAAGAGAUUCAUAUAGAAAAACUUAAAAAAAUAUAUGAUGUCAAGGAAAAGUAAUUUUGAUGAUGUAUUUGGAUAUGACCAUUACAUCAAGAAAAAAACAUGUACUUUAAUAAUAUCUUAAUAUAAAUGAUGUGGAAAGGACACAACCUUUGAAGUCACUGGAUAUUGAUUUCAAAGUUGAGCUCUGAUACAAAUUAGGUAUGACUUUGGGAAGCUACUUAAUGUCACUGAGUCUUUACUGAAGGACUCACUAUAUGUAUAAAUAUGGAUAUACUUAAGAGAUGUAGAUGUGGAUAGAUCUCUAGGUAUAGUGCUUAAUACAAUCUAGCAGACACAUGUAACUUAGUAUACAUUUAUUUCUUUUGUAAUUUUUUGCCUGAAAUAAAAAAUUAAUGAAGAAUUUUCUUUAUUUUUCUGAUUAAUCCCAAAUGACAAUCAUAUGAACCAUUCUUUUUUUUAUUUUUUAAUAAAGCUUAUUUAUUUAUUUUAAGAGAGAGAGAAAAUAAGAGAGAGAGAGUGAGCAGGGGAGGGGCAGAGAGAGAGAGGGAGAGAGAAUCCCAAGCAGGCUCUGCACUGUCAGCUCAGAGCCUGGCACAGGGCUCGAACUCACGAACCACAAGAUCAUGACCUGCAGAAAUCAAGAGUCAGACACCUAACCGACUGAGCCACCCAGAUGCCCCAGAAUUAUUCUUUAAAAGAGAGAUGAAUUCUCUUCUUUCAUCAGAACCCAUGAAGGAAAAUCAAAAUCUGUAUUAAAGCUAUCAAUUCUUUUCUUAUGAAGUAUGUAGUAAGGUGACAGUUUGAAAGAGUGAUUAGUAACAAAAUUUAUUGUUACUGAAAUUAAUUGGAAGAUGAAAGAUGUGGAAGAUGAAUUUUAUAUCUAUAGAGAUGUUAGGCAACAUUCCUAACAUCUUCGGCGUGUACCCUAAGGCAGUCAAUUGUCUUUUGCAUCCAGUCAGAGACUGUGUUUUCUACAGAUAGCCGGGACAGUAUCUCAUCCCAUAAAGUGUUCUUACCUAGUGAGCUUAACCUCACACCCAGAGGUGGGGUGUGUGUCUUCUCUAGUUGGAUAUGUACUUGUUACUUGAUUGUAACAAUAGACUGUGGCUGAAGUGAUGCUGUGUGACUUCUCAGACUAGGCAAGAAAAAGCCACAAAGUGUCUUCACUGCUUGUUGCAAGAUUUGGCCACCAAGUAAGAAGUCAGACUCUAUGAGACUGCCGGAUUGGAGCCGUUGUAUGAGGUACUCUGGUCUCCCAGCUGAUAGUAUCAAUUGUCUACCAUGUGCGUGAGUCAUCUUGGGUUGAUUGCAGCCCCAACCAACCUCUCACCAUAUUCACUUGACAGACCCCAAGUGAGAACCACCUAGAUGAGCUUUUCUAUAUUCUGUUUAUUUUUAAUUUCAGGUUUAUUGAAGUAUAAUUGACCCAUAACUCUGUGAGCAAAAUAAAAUGUUUGCUUUAGGCUGCUAAGUUCUGGGGUUAUUUUUUGUACAAAAAUAGUAAGCACAACAAAUCCUUAAUUAGAAUUUGAAUAAAACAAAGGUAUUAAAAACAUUUUGUUAACUAAUCAGGGAUUUAAUUAAUAUGGCCCAUGGUUUCUAAAAUUCUUUUGAGACAUUAAAGAAGAAAAUAGGCAUGAUACAUCUAUAUGAAUGAGUGAUACAUAGAAUCCAAAGUUAUACUUUAUUAAAGGUAAAUGAAAUUGAACUAUAAUAUAAAGUCAUAGCUUUGCAGAACAUAUUUUACCUCUGCAACAGUUACUCAUUAUAUUAUAUUAGUUCUGGCAAUUAGUGAGUUUAUCACUGUCUUAGAUUAAGUAUCAUAUAAUUCUCUUGAUGAAAAAAAUUUGUCCAUUUCCCCUGUUUCACCAAUGACUCUAAUAAAUAUGGCAAGAUAAUUUGUAGAGAGAAUAAUUUAUGUUUGGUUCUUAUUGCUAUAAGAUGCAGAAAAAAUUCAGAUCCUGAGUUGAGUUCUUAUCAUUUCUGCUUCCAACUCUGGGACAGUAAAAACAAAAGCUUGCCUGUUUUCUUAGAAUGAGGCUCAAGGGAUCAUUUAUUCUCACC